AUGUCACAACCCAAUCUCAAUGAACGCAUUCAAGUCGACACAAGCGACGACGACUCCCUCUUCGAAAUCCAAACCCUUUCAGGCUCAAACCUUUCCUUUGCCUCCUCUGUUCGAGACUACAGCUACGAAAAUGGCCGCCGCUAUCACGCCUACCGCAACGGCCAAUACCCCUUCCCAAACGACCAAGAAGAACAGGACCGCCUAGCUCUAACCCACCACCUCUUCAAACUGCUCACAGGCGGGGAUUUGCACCGCGCACCAAUCAACGACACCAAUCCGCGCCGUAUUCUAGACAUCGGCACCGGCCCCGGUGAAUGGGCCCUGGAAAUGGCCGAAGAUUACCCGCAGGCGGACAUCAUCGGCACCGAUCUUAGCCCCAUCCAGCCGAACUGGGCGCCACCUAAUUGUCGCUUCUUUAUUGAUGACGCAGAGAGUGACUGGACUUUUUCGCCCGGUGAAGCGUUCGACUAUAUCCAUGCAAGGACUCUGGCCGGUGGGAUUGGGGAUUGGCCGAAGCUGCUUAAGCAGGCUUAUCAGCACCUUAAGCCGGGCGGCUGGUUUGAGGCGCAGGAAUUUGAGAACCUUGUGUGGUCCGAUGAUGGGACCCAUGAGAACGCUUCUGCUAUCAAUAGCUGGGCGGAGCUGUUGACUCAGUCUAGUAAGAAGUUUGGGAAGCCGAUGGAUGUUGCACCGAAGAUUGAGCAGUGGAUGAUUGAGCAAGGGUUUUCAAAUGUUAUCGAUGAUAUUUAUAAGAGUCCUGUUGGUGGCUGGGCCAAGAACAGCCGCUACAAAGAAAUCGGUCGCAUUGGCAAGGUGUCUAUCAUGGAAACCAUAGAGCCGUACUCGCUCGCUCUCUUUACCCGUGUCCUGGGCCUCUCGUACCAGGAUGCACAAGAGCAUAUGGAGAAUGCGCGGGCAGAAUUGAUGAGCAACUCGCACCACCUUUAUGUGCGCUUCCACUUUGUCUACGGACAACGGCCUUUCGAUGAUGCAUCCACUGAUUCCGAGGCAUCUUGA